AUGGUUCGGUUCUGUCGAUGUAUUAGGCUCUUGCAAUGGUUUGGUGGGUGUGGCACUCGUUAUAGUCUUACUUGUCUUUACAUCUGGAACCCAUCAACUGGAUUCAGACAUAAACUACCCGAUCCAGGAUUUAAUUCCAAUGAAAACAGGUGUAUAAGCUACAGUGGUUUUGGCUAUUUGCCGGCCACUGACGACUACAAAGUUCUGGUGGUCGCAGCCACUUUUAAUGCUUAUUUUUCUCCGGGUGAGGAGGCGGCGGUGGAGGUCAUGAAGAUCUUUUCAACAAGAGCUGGCGUUUGGAAAAGUAUUGAAUCACCUUUUUUUAAGACCUUCCGCCCCUAUUUUACUUCUGCCGCUCUUUCGGGGGAGACACUUCAUUGGGUUCCUGUGGAGGAUAUAUGCCUGUAUGGGUUUCGUUAUAGGUACGCUGCCUGUGAUCCUAUUAAGUUAUGGGUCAUGAAAGACUAUGGGCUUGAACCUGAGUACGAGAUGCUUCUCUUCCCAUUCUUGGCUACCGAAACUAUAUGGUACAGUUGUGGCGAAGUGGACUUUGCAGGACUUCAGGAUGGAAAUUAUAAGGAUUGA